GUACAACAAUUGUGUAUUAUUGUCAUGUAAUGUUAAGAAUAGACUAUGGAGUAUAAAGGUUUAGUUUCAAUAGCUAAGCUUAAAGCAUUCUCAAUCGUAAUUUCAAAGUUUUUCAUCACAUUAGUAAUGUUAGUUAAUAAUUUAGGAGUUGUUUAAAUGGAAUUUGGUAAUGUAAAAUGGUUUAAUGCCGAAAAAGGCUAUGGUUUCAUCAAGCCAGAAGGUAAAGGGGGUGACGUUUUUGUACAUAUUAGCACAUUGGAACGUUCGGGAAUAAGACCUGAGGCACUUAAAGGAGAGAAUAAAGAGAAGGGAAUAAAAGGAGAAAGGGUGAGUUAUGAGGUUAAAGAGGAGCGCGGUAGAAACGGAGAAGAUAAAAAAUCUGCAAUAAAUUUAAGAUUGGAAGAUUAAUCUAUUAUGAAGUCUUUUAACAGGAUUAACGUAUUGUGAAUAAUUUUCAUGAGAUGGGUCUCCCAGCUUCGCUUAGACAAGCUCUAGAUAAAAAUAAUCUUUUCGUCCCAACUCCGAUUCAAAUACAAGCGAUUCCCUUAGCGCUACAAGGUAAAGAUAUUCUCGGAUCUGCUCAAACGGGGACUGGAAAAACUUUAGCAUUUGCUAUUCCGUUGGUUGCUAAGUUGCUGAAUGAGCCUAACACUGGUUCAGCUUUAGUCAUCGUGCCAACCAGAGAGCUUGCGCAUCAGGUAACAAAUGAGAUAAGAAAACUCUUAUCUCAAAAUUCUGCACUAAGGGUCGCUUUGUUGAUUGGUGGUGAGCCUAUUUUUAGGCAGCUAAAUCAGCUUCAGAAAAAACCACAAAUUGUAAUAGGUACUCCUGGUCGUAUUAUAGACCAUAUUGAGCGUAAAACUUUGAUUACUCGCAAUGUUAGCGUUCUUGUGCUUGAUGAAACGGAUCGUAUGUUUGAUAUGGGCUUUGGAGUUCAGAUUGAAGAAAUUAUGAAGCAUUUGCCUAAAAUAAGGCAAACUCUUAUGUUUUCUGCAACUCUUCCUGGAGAUAUAGUAAAACUUGCUGAGAAGUACCUUAAUCGACCAGAACGUAUUUCUGUUGAUUGUGAGGUUACAACUUCUGUAAAAAUUAAGCAAGAAAUUGUUUAUGCAUCAGAAUCAGAAAAAUAUGAAAAGCUUGUUACACAACUAUGUCAGCGCGAAGGAUCAAUCAUUAUCUUUGUCAAAACAAAGCGAGGAGCGGAUCAGCUAGCUCACAGAUUGCACAAAGAUGACUAUAGCGCUUUAGCAAUUCAUGGUGAUUUAAGGCAGCACAAGCGCGAAAGGGUCAUUAAUUCUUUUCGUCGUGGCCGUAAUCAAAUCAUGGUUGCAACAGAUGUUGCUUCUCGCGGCCUUGAUAUUCCCCACAUUCAACAUGUUAUCAAUUAUGAUGCACCACAAUCGCAAGCUGACUAUAUUCAUCGUAUAGGUAGAACUGCACGCGCUGGAGCUGAAGGGUAUGCGCUAUCUUUUGUUACACCUCAAGAUAAGAGAAGACUGCCUGUACUGGCAGACAAAGAAGGAGAGCUAAAUUUUGAUUGUAGUGUGCAAUUUAAAAAACGUAACAGCAAAAAGGUCUUUAAAAGGCCAAGUACGUUAAAGACUAAAUACGGUAGAAAAAAGAUCAAUGCAUUUAAGAAGAAAAGCAGAGUACUAGAAAAAGCGUAUUAAAUAGGAUUUACCUACAAUUUGAUAAGCGUAAAACUCGUCAUUCCGCUACUCAUUAGCGGAAUCUAUGCUGAGAUAUUGCGGUGCUAUGACGUAGAUCCAGAGUGGG